GCCCGCGUCACGUGACGGGGCCAUCAUGGCGGCGGCCAGAGGCCUCCCCGGCUCCCGGAAGCAGGCUGCGAGGGGCGGGCGCGCGGCGGGAACCCGAGCCGGAGCCGGAGCCGGAGGUAGCGCGGGGAGGGCGGCCGGGCGGCCUGGAGCCGGACGGGUCCGGAGCGUCCCCGCAGACCGGGGCAGCAGGUGGUCCGGGGGCCCGCCAUGCUGGUGACAGCCUACCUUGCCCUUGUGGUCCUCCUGGCCUCCUGUCUGGGCUUGGAGCUGUCAAGAUGCCAGGCGAAGGCCCUCGGGAGGGCCUGCAGCAACCCUUCCUUCCUCCGGUUCCAGUUGGAUUUCUAUCAGGUGUACUUCCUGGCCUUGGCGGCGGACUGGCUCCAGGCCCCCUACCUCUAUAAACUGUACCAGCACUACCACUUUCUGGAGGGGCAGAUUGCCAUCCUCUACGUCUGCGGCCUCGCCUCCACCGUCCUCUUUGGACUCGUGUCCUCCUCCCUGGUGGACGGGCUUGGCCGCAAGAAGUCCUGCGUCCUCUUCUCCCUCACGUACUCCCUCUGCUGCUUGACCAAACUCUCCCAGGACUACUUUGUGCUCCUGGUGGGCCGCGCCCUGGGCGGGCUGUCCACGGCCCUGCUCUUCUCGGCCUUCGAGGCGUGGUACAUCCACGAGCACGUGGAGCGGCACGACUUCCCCGCCGAGUGGAUCCCAGCGACCUUCGCCCGAGCUGCCUUCUGGAACCAUGUGCUGGCCAUCGCGGCUGGCGUGGCGGCCGAGGCCGUGGCUUCCUGGAUGGGGCUGGGGCCCGUAGCCCCCUUCGUGGUCGCCAUUCCCCUGUUGGCCCUGGUGGGGGCGCUGGCCCUUCACAACUGGGGCGAGAACUAUGACCGGCAGCGGGCCUUCUCCAAGACCUGCGCGGGCGGCCUGCGCUGCCUCCUGUCUGACCGCCGGGUCCUGCUGCUCGGCACCGUCCAGGCCCUGUUUGAGAGUGUCAUCUUCAUCUUCGUCUUCCUCUGGACGCCCGUGCUGGACCCCCACGGGGCCCCCCUGGGCAUCGUCUUUUCCAGCUUCAUGGCCGCCAGCCUGCUGGGCUCUUCCCUGUACCGCGUCGCCACCUCCAAGAGGUACCGCCUUCAGCCCAUGCACCUGCUGUCCCUCGCCGUGCUCAUCGUCGUCUUCUCCCUCUUCAUGUUGACCUUCUCCACCAGCCCGGGCCAGGAGAGCCCGGCCGAGUCCUUCAUCGCCUUCCUGCUGAUCGAGCUGGCCUGCGGCCUCUACUUCCCCAGCAUGAGCUUCCUGCGGAGAAAGGUGAUCCCCGAGACCGAGCAAGCGGGCGUCUUCAACUGGUUCCGGGUGCCCCUGCACUUGCUCGCCUGCCUGGGCCUCCUGAUCCUCCACGACACCGACCGCAAGACGGGCACCCAGAACAUGUUCAGCAUCUGCUCGGCCGUCAUGGUCAUGGCGCUGCUGGCGGUGGUGGGGCUCUUCACGGUGGUCAGACACGACGCUGAGCUGCGGGUGCCCUCGCCCACUGGCGAGCCCUGUGCCCCUGAGCUGUAGCCCCGGGCGAGGACAGGGGCCCUGGGAUGGACUCUUGAGCCCUGCCUCCGCGGGCUUGCACAGAUCUCUCUCUGUGAAUGACUUUGUGAUGCUCUGACCCUGCGCUGGGCCCCCCCACCCCCACCCCCUGCCUGCAGUGCUUCGGGUUGGGGAGUGCAUGGGGUUGACAGCCUGGAAAGGUGCCAGACAUUGCCUCUUGGUUAUGCCCUUUCCAGUUAAGAAUAAACACUUCGAAUCAUA